AUGAUGGAUGAUGCUCCCAUCGCAGUGGGCCAUCCCGAGUCCCACAUCUCCUGCGGAGCCUUGUUGAAGUCGCCGCAGACUAUCCACGCGCCGUUCAGCCCUUUCAAGAACGAGGCUAAGGUAGAGGUCUGCCUUCACCUCACGUUGCUCACGUCGGUCGUCGCCUUCGUGACUGUGGUCGGCUUCGCCUGGCACCGAAAACUUGAUGUGCGCAGGUGCCCCCUCAUGACAACUGCGGUCCCCCCGAACGAUCCCAGCUCUGAGCGCGUGCUGGGCCUCGCCGCCGUGAAGCACGCCUUGCACCCCAACUUCACAGUUUCGCACUCCGUGGCGUCGAGCUGGCUGGUUCGCGCAGAACAGGGUGCGCUCGCGGGGCUCGGCGGCGCCGCCUCCUUGGCGCCGAGCCCCGCGCGCCUGUCCUCGGGCGGCGGUGCCGUGGCGCCGGCUGCCGUGCUCGGCGCGGCCUCCUUCGGCGGCGCCGCCGCGGCGGCCGCCUGCGGCUGCUCCUGCGGCGCUGCGCGCCUCCACGUCGCCGCUGACGAGCUGCUCCAGGACGCCCUUCGGCGGGUCGCGGCCUUCAGCCUGGAUGGCCUCCAGCUCGCCUGGAUCGCAGCUGCCGCUCCCUGCAACGUGCGCGAGAUCGCCUCGCCGUUCUUCAGGUUCAGGUCGCCGAGGGAGGCUGAGCAGCUGCAGCGCCUGGGAGACCUUUCGUCCUUCUUCGGCUUCGGCUUGGGCAGGGAGGCGCGGCAGGCGGGGGAGCGCGACCGCGCCUGGCGCGGGCGGCCGAGCAGUCGGCCCAGCUUCGCCGAGCCGGCGGCCGAGCAGUCGGCCGAGCCGCGAGCUGGUCAAGCCAGGCCCAGCCUUGGCCGCGGCCGUGGGGUGCGGGCCAUGGAGGUGACCGUGUCAGACCUCGACGGCAUCGGCCCCCACGACAUCAUCUCGGUCCGCCACGGCCAGACGCGCCGCCAGGCGCCGGCGUCGGCGCUCAAGGACCGCAGCCUGAAGUUCCCCGCCCUGCAGGACGGCGCCGAGCAGGUCCUGAAGGUGGACGUGUUCGCGCCCGUGGCCGGGCACCGCCUCGCGCUCCUGCAGCACAAGCCGAAUUUGUUCCUCCUCCGUCCAUCUCCCUCGAGGGCUCGGACGGCAGGGCGAUGCGGCUCCGGCUCGGGGUGCGGCACGCCGGCCACGCCGCCGGGGCGAAGCCCGAGCAGCCCCCGCCCCCCGCGGAGGAGCCCAGCCGGGUCCAGGACCGGGACUCGGCGGCGCUCGCGCGGCAGUACCUCGAGAGGCACAGCCUGCUGCAGUACUUCCAGAACCUGCUGCAGGUGGUGGUGCAGGCAAGGCCCGAGGACCCCUACAGGUUCUUGUGGAACCAGUUGGGCUCCUUCCUCGUCUGCGAGGAGGAGGACCAGGCCGCGCGGAGGGACAGCGAGGACACGGAGGUCGGCUCCCCCGGCGAGGCGGAGGUCGCCAAGAGGGUGUCGGAUGCCCGUGGCCGCCGCGAGGCCUCCGACCAAAGCGCGAUCGCCAAUGCCGUGCGCAUGGUCCAGGAUCGGCGCCCUGGGGCUCCGACGAAGCGUGCUGCCUGCCCGGGCGAGCGCCGAGCGCGAAGUCGGCCCCGGCCGCCGACGCCGCGGCGCCCGCGGCGCGGGAGGGCCAGGGCCCGCAGGGCCCGCCCGCGCCGAGAAGGGCACCCCCGCAGGCCCCGGCCGCCGACGCCGCGGCGCCCGCGGCGCGGGAGGGCCAGGGCCCGCAGGGCCCGCCCACGCCGAGAAGGGCACCCCCGCAGGCCGCCGCCGCAGACGCCAGCGCGAAGGCCUCGGCCGCCGCCGCUUCGGAGGCACCUGCCGCUGCGAGCCCGGCACCGCCAGCGAAGGCUCCGCAGCAGCUGCCGCCGCUGAGCGCGCCGUCGAGGGCCCAAGCCGCCGCCGCGGCGGCGCCCGCGGUCCAGCAGAGUCAGGGUUCGGCGCCGCUGGCCGAGGAGGAGCUGCGGGGUCACAGGGCGAAGUUGCGCGAAGCGCUGGAGGAGUCCAUGCAGUCUGGCGCACUCGGACCCUCGACAGUGCCUCGAGCGCGUCGCGCAGCUGGAGCAGGGCCCCGGCCGCGCGCCCGUGGUGGCCGCCGCCCCGCAGCCCGCCCGGGCGCCCGCGCCCCUCGCGCAGGAGAACCCCAGGGCGCCGCUCCGGCGCCCCCGCCGCCCGCGCCGGCGCCCCCGCGGGGGGCGCCGGCGCCCCCACCCCAGGGCGGCCGCUCCGGGGGUGUCGACUCGAGAGCGCAUGGCCUGGCCUCGUCCGCAUCUCGGUCGGCGCGGGCGGCCCCGUGUUCACUGGGCCCGCGGAUGAGCUGUGGCUGUCCUGCGGCAGGAGGGAAGGGGUCAGACUGGUGACCCUCACCCACGAGGCGGACACGGCGCAGCUGCGGGAGGUCACGGGGCAGGCCCGGGGCGUCGGUGAGGAGCACAGGGCGCAGCUGCGGGAGGCGAUAGAGCAGUCCCGGGGGUCUGGCGCGCCAGGGCGGAGCCCCGACGCCUCGGCCGUGGCGGAGGCCCUUCUCGCAGCUGUUGACCGCGAGGCCGAGCAGGUGGAGGACGCUAGGGCCUCCGUGACGAAGGCCCUGAUAGCGGCCGACCCCAAGGCUGCGCAGACAGAGGGCGCCAGCGCCUCCGUGCAGAAGGCCCCGCUGGCGGCCGACCCCAAGGCUGCGCAGACAGCGGGCGCCAGCGCCUCCGUGCAGAAGGCCCCGCUGGCGGCCGAUCCCAAGGCUGCGCAGACAGAGGACGCCAGCGCCUCCGUGCAGAAGGCCCCGCUGGCGGCCGACCCCAAGGCUGCGCAGACAGCGGACGCCAGCGCCUCCGUGCAGAAGGCCCCGCUGGCGGCCGACCCCAAGGCUGCGCAGACAGCGGACGCCAGCGCCUCCGUGCAGAAGGCCCCGCUGGCGGCCGACCCCAAGGCUGCGCAGACAGCGGACGCCAGCGCCUCCGUGCAGAAGGCCCCGCUGGCGGCCGACCCCAAGGCUGCGCAGACAGAGGUCGCCAGCGCCUCCGUGCAGAAGGCCCCGCUGGCGGCCGACCCAAAGGCUGCGCAGACAGCGGACGCCAGCGCCUCCGUGCAGAAGGCCCCGCUGGCGGCCGACCCCAAGGCUGCGCAGACAGCGGACGCCAGCGCCUCCGUGCAGAAGGCCCCGACGGUGGCCGACCCCGAGGCCGCGCAGACAGCGGACGCCAGGGCCUCCGUGGCGGAGGCCCUGCUCGCGGCCGUCGGCCCCGAGGCCCGGCGGGCGGAGGCCGCCCGGGCCUCCGUGACGAAGGCCCUCCUGGCGGCCGGCCCCGAGGAUGCGCAGAUCGAGGACGCCAGGGCCUCCGUGCAGAAGGCGCUGCAGGAGGCCUUCGGAGGCCAGUAGGCAGUAGCCCUGCACUGGACCGCCACCGCGGCCAGCCGCCCCGCGGCCUCUGAGCGCGCAACCCUCGCUCCCAGGGGUCUGCCGUGCCGCCCCAGGGGGUCCAGUGAUCCGGGCAAGUGGCUUCUCCUCCUCGUGCUCCUGAUCUGUUGGGUAUAGAAUACGAUGAACACCGAUGGUGGGCGCGAUGCGCAGUGGCAGAUUCUGCGCAUUUCGCACAUCUGCGAGCGCCCCCAGGAAGGAGGGCUCCCCGUGUGUGUCUUGUCCGCCACAGGCGCGGCGCCGGUAAAGUAGGUCUCCUUGCCGGCAUUGCGACUGUCAAACCCUUGUGACUGAGCUGGCCCGUGCAAGCUGCCGAAGUGGCAGACAGACUUCAGAACGCGCGUUGCAACUUGUGAUGCAGGCACGCUAUCCUCUAGUGCUUCCCGCGCGUUUGCUAUUGUCUGUCGUACCAGGAG